AAAAUAACUUAAUUCGAAACGGAAAACCCUAAUUUAAAAUUAAAGCGGACGUUACUCGCCGUAGACCACCAUGGUUCCAGGGCUGCAGCACUUCGACGAUUGCGUCGUCGACGGCAACGUACGACCUCGGUUGGACUCCGACGACAGCGAGGAGCUGAUGCACGUUUUUCUUGGCGUCGCCGUCGCCCUCGGUUCCCGGCCCCUGGAGUCUCCUGGGACUCUCUAUGUCACCACCAGGAGAGUGAUUUGGUUGAGUGACGCCGACAGAGGGAAAGGAUACGCGGUGGAUUUUCUGUCGUUGUCCCUUCACGCUGUAUCGAGGGACCGGGAGGCCUACCCAUUUCCUUGCAUUUAUACUCAGAUUGAGACGGGUGAUGAGGAUGAUGAAGAGGAGUCCGAAGACUCAUAUUCAGAAAUAAAUGGUGAUUUGGUGUUGUCAAAAAUCACUGAAAUGAGACUUGUUCCUUCAGAUGCUGGAAAAUUGGAUACUCUAUUUGACAUUUUCUGUCAAUGUGCUGAACUAAAUCCCGAGCCUUGUCAACAAGGGGAGGAAGAAAAUACUUGGUUAUUUGGUGAUGAAGGAAUGAGCGAUGCUGGAAAUGAUACUGAUUGGCAACUUUCAGAAAAUCCUGCUAAUCCCAUUGGUUAUGCCAAUGGAGAUCAUGACUUGUCUCGGAGAGUACAUGAGCUUCAGAUUGGUUCCCAGCAGUUUGAGGAUGCAGAUGAAGGUGAACAAGAAUCUCAUGAUUAUCAUCACUUGGCAGCAAACUAAUGCACUUUACCAGCUCUGCGCUUCACUUGGGUUAUUUGUGUUGUUGGUUGAACAUCUGAGGUUUGUCGGUAGCUAAAGACUUUGUUCAGUGAAAGCAAAACAAGGUUGGGUUAUCAUGUUUUACUAGUUUUGUGGUUGUAUGAUUAGAAUCGUUGUAAAAGGUCUUGCGAUUGGUCAAGAAUGUCUUAAGGUUGCUUGGAAAGGCUUUCAUGUGUCCUAUAGAUAAGGUUACAUGUAACAAUGUAUCUUACAAUAGCUUCAUGGAUAAGGGCAUAAAAACUGACGAACUCAAA